AUGCCCAGCCCCGGGCCGCGUCGCCGCCGAUUGCCAGCUCUCUCCGGCUCCCCGGUCCAGGCCCCGCGCUCUGGCGGCUCUCCCGCGCCCCAGGCGGGGUUGCUCCAGCGCCGCCCCGCGGCCCCAGGCGUCACCCCGCGGGCGGAUGCCCGGAGCACCCAAAGUAGCCCUGGCCGCCUCGAGUCCUCCUUCUCCGUCGAGGCCAUCCUGGCUAGGCCGGACCCCAGCGCACCGGCCGCCUCCCAGUUAUCAGUUUCUGCCUACGCCGCCCCGGGCUUCUGGGCAGUUCCCUCAUGGUCCCCGGGUCCGGUUCUGCCUUGGGCAUGCACGGCGACUUGGCUGCCCGCCUAUCUGGGCGUGGGUCUUUACCCUUUGGGUCCUCAGACCCCUGUGCUGGGGCUGCGCGCGGCUCACUUCUGCGUUCUUCCAGGCCUUGGCGUUACAGGCUUGGAGCUGACUCACUGCCCAGGACUCUGGGACCCCCCAGAGUGGUCCGCAGCAGAGGAUCUUCCUGACAUUGAUCAACGAAAGAGGGUUAGAACUAUGUUUAACUUGGAGCAGCUGGUAGAGUUGGAGAAAGUGUUUGCAAAACAGCACAAUCUGGUGGGGAAGAAGAGAGCCCAGCUGGCAGCCCGGCUCAACCUUACCGAGAACCAGGUGAGGGUCUGGUUCCAAAAUCGCAGGGUCAAGUAUCAGAAGCAGCAAAAGCUGAAACUGUUGGCCUCAUCCGCCACAGCUGCCUCUCUGGACAAGCCCUUCAGCAGCUCUGACACCAGCAUCCAGAGUGAAGACAUCGACUCAGGAGUGGACAGCUGA